GUUGGAGAUAAACAAGGCCUCUCCUCUCAUAAUUUCAUAAAUAUCACAAAUCUGAGAGAUCAACACUACUCUUCAAUCCUCAUUGUUCUUUUUACCCUUUACCAGUUUUCAUCUGAUCUCCGUUUCCCUUUACCUCACGACUUCUCGAAAAAUAGUUUCCGUUUCGAUUUUACUUCUCCGGCCACUCUCCCUCAAGGCGGCGCCGCUGCGCUGGCAAUAUAAUCAGCUUCGUUCAAAUCGAAAUUCCGUGAAUAAAGAAAAACAUAGGGAAAAUUGGAAAAUAAUGGCAGGGGGUGGAUUUACAAAUGGAGGGCAAUUGAAAAGAGCUCAUCUUUAUGAGUAUAAAUUCACAUGGUAUUUCUUCAGUGCUUGCGUUGUUGCUGCCCUUGGAGGCUCUCUCUUUGGCUAUGAUCUUGGUGUUUCAGAAACUGCAAUGGCGGAUUUCAGGUGGAGUAACGUCCAUGGACGACUUCCUGAAGCAGUUCUUCCCAAAAGUCUACAACCGGAAACAACUUCAUAUCAAAGAAACAGAUUACUGCAAAUACGACGAUCAAAUCCUCACUCUCUUCACUUCCUCUCUCUACUUCGCCGGUCUCCUCUCCACCUUCUUCGCUUCUCACGUCACCAGAAACUAUGGCCGUCGAGCAAGCAUUCUCGUUGGAUCAGUCUCCUUCUUCCUCGGCGGCUUAAUCAACGCCGUCGCAAUCAACAUCCCUAUGCUCAUCAUCGGCCGAAUCCUCCUCGGAAUCGGUAUCGGAUUCGGCAACCAAGCCGUUCCAUUAUACCUUUCCGAAAUUGCUCCGGCCAAAAUCCGCGGCCGAGUCAACCAAUUGUUCCAAUUGACGACUUGCUUAGGGAUUCUGAUCGCCAAUUUCAUCAAUUACGGAACAGAGAAGAUUCAUCCAUGGGGAUGGCGAUUAUCUUUAGGGUUAGCGACGUUUCCAGCGGCGAUGAUGUUCAUCGGCGGAUUAUUUCUUCCUGAAACGCCGAAUAGUUUAGUGGAACAGGGGAAAUUAGAGGAAGCGCGAAGAGUUCUUGAGAAGAUUCGAGGUACGACGAAUAUCGAAGCGGAAUUCGCGGAUCUUGUUGAUGCGAGCAAUCAAGCUAGGGCUGUGAAGAAUCCGUUUAGGAAUUUGUUGCGGCGGAAGAAUCGACCGCAAUUGGUCAUCGGAGCGAUUGGGAUUCCGGCGUUUCAGCAGCUUACAGGGAAUAACUCGAUUCUAUUUUAUGCUCCGGUGAUUCUGCAGAGCUUAGGGUUUGGAUCGGCGGCGUCUUUGUAUUCGUCGGCGUUUACAAGCGGAGCUUUGGUUGUUGCAGCUUUGAUUUCGAUGUUUCUUGUGGAUAAAUUUGGGAGAAGGAAAUUCUUUCUUGAAGCUGGUUUUGAAAUGUUCGUCUACAUGAUAGCGGUGGCAAUAACACUAAAACUAAACUUCGGUCAAGGAAAGGAGCUAUCAAAAGGCGUAAGCAUAUUGCUAGUGUGCUUAAUUUGGCUAUUCGUUUUGGCGUACGGACGGUCAUGGGGUCCAUUAGGAUGGUUAGUUCCAAGCGAGUUAUUUCCAUUAGAAACAAGAUCCGCCGGCCAAAGCAUCGUGGUCUGCGUAAACCUCUUAUUCACGGCCCUCAUCGCUCAGUGCUUUUUGGCCGCAAUGUGUCAUCUUCGCUAUGGCAUUUUCAUUCUCUUUGCAGCUUUGAUAUUUCUCAUGAGUUGCUUCAUCUACUUUCUUUUGCCUGAAACUAAGCAAGUUCCUAUUGAAGAGAUUUAUCUUCUUUGGGAAAAUCAUCCUUUUUGGAAGAGUUUUGUUCGUGAUGAUGAUCAUCAACAAAAUGUUUGAAUCAAUCUCACGAGGAAAAGCCUUCAAUUCAUCAGCUUCUUUAAACUUAAUUAGGGUAAUUUUAUAGUAAGACAUAGAUUAUGCUUUUGUUGUUAGCUUCUUAAUAUAUAUACAUAUAUGGUUAUCCACGUCGCUAUUUGUAGCCCUAAUGAAAAAUUUUAGCGUUGCAGUAGUAGAUACUACUAUUAUGUAGAUUAUUUGACACGACAUGUCAAUAAAGAAUUUACUAGUUUUUAAAAAUA